AUGGCUGAAGCGUCUUCCCCAUUGUUGUCUUCACUGUCUUCUCACCAUAAUAGGAACUUGCUUAUUUUUUGUGCUGUCAGUAUGAUGCUCGUCUCGGCUUUGGCGGACGACUUGCCUCCCGUCUUUAUGUUUGGGGAUUCGACGUUCGACGUGGGGACUAACAAUUACAUACCUUCCGGGGCAACAGCCAACUUCUCCUAUUACGGGAUCGAUUUCCCCUUCUCCCAGGCGACGGGGAGAUUCAGUAAUGGAUAUAACAGUGCCGAUGAAAUAGUGAAGCAGUUGGGUUACAGGCAAAGUCCACCACCUUUUCUGGCUCUUCUCCAGGACAAUUCAACCUUCCAAAGCAAUCUACUUCAAGGUGUUAACUUUGCCUCAGGGGGCGCUGGAAUUCUUAAUACAACUGGAUUUCAAACCUGGGGUGAGGUGAUAUCGAUGGAACAACAAGUGCAACAAUUUGCGACGGUUCAGGGCAAUAUCACGUGGCUGCUGGGUCAAAAUAACAGUGCCAAGUUCUUUGCGAGCUCGCUUUUCUUCAUCAGCGUCGGCAGCAACGACAUCAUCGAUCACUACUUUUACGACGAGGCCACCGUGUCCCAGAUAGAGCUGAUGGCCGAGAUUCAGUCUAACUACACAGCCCAUCUGACGGCUUUGUACAACUUGGGAGCUCGGAAGUUCGGGAUCGUGAGCGUCCCUCCAAUCGGGUGCUGCCCAUUCGCGCUGCUCCUGAACUGGACGGAGAGUGGGCCGGGAUGCUUGACGGAGCUGAAUGAUUAUGCCCAGGCCUUCUAUUCGACGAUAUCGGCUUUAUUACAAAAUCUGAGCUCACAGCUCCAAGGCAUGAUAUACUCGCUUGGAGAUGCAUAUACCAUGACCUCCAUCCUUAUGGACGUUCCUGGUGUCGUUGGCAUCGUGAACAUAGAAGCAGCAUGCUGCGGAGGCGGGCGACUGAAUGCAGAUGUGCCAUGCAACAUCACGGACAGCCCCAACCUGUGCUUGAACCGCAAUGAAUACUUGUUCUGGGACAAGUUCCACCCAACCCAGAACGCGGCCCGGAAAGCCGCCAUCGCUCUGUUCACCGGGACACCAACGUUCGUAUCGCCGAUGAACUUCAGCCAGUUGGCCCAGGCCAGCGCAUGAGGUCGACACAUGCGAUGCUCUCAUCUCCUCUCUUCUUCCUUCCGAAACAAUUUACUUUAUGUUUUCCGUGUGGAUCGUCAUUUCGGCUGACGACAAUAA